ACCCGGGAUCCCCACGGGAUUAAGCUUUUAGGCACAUGAUUAAGGCUUUCAUUGCUACAACUGGCCAAUAUUUUCAAUUAAGUGACCAAGUUAGAUUUUCUUUAGGCAUGCAGGUUCAUACCAUGUCCCUGUGCUCUAGUAAGGGACACAAUAGGGGUUGAUUUUUUGGGGGUAUAGGAAUGAUUAUAAGAAUUUUUUUCCGAAAAUUUUCUUUAAGUUUCAAAGAUCCAGAAGGAUGCACAAUUAGUUUGAUUCAAGUAUCUAUAUAGUGUGUAGAAUUAUAGGUUUUAAUUCAGUUCAUUACGAGCUGCAUGGAAGUGUCUGCAUGUAGAAUUACUGUAUUAUUCAUUUGAUAUGUGGUUGCAUGUAGUAUUAGGUUGUAAUUCAUAAUUUUCAUGACCUGCAUGGAGUACAACUGUAUGGUAUAGGGGUGCAGGCAUAACUUAAAGUAGGCCAACAACCUUCAGAUUGUGUUUGAGAAAGAGGCUUCAGGUGAGCCUUGUAAUCAAUGGGUCUCUUUGUUUUUUUUUUGGGGGGGGGAGGUUGGGUUUUUUUUGUUGUUGAUAAAUUUACAGGUCUUUUAGGAAAGAUAACUUACAGUAUAACAAGUAUAGAAGCCCUGAAAAUGAAAAUAAAAUGUCUAUGUAGUUAAGAGAAGCUUUUCAAAAUAGUUAUAUGGACCAAAUUCAGGCGGGGGAAAAUGUGGACCAGAUUUAUAUAUUUCCCUGUGAUUUGUCUUAUAUCCUGAAGUUUUCUUGCAGUAAGCAUUGCUGUUUAUUAUUGUGGUGCCUAUAAGGACGCGAAACACCAGGAGUACACUUCCCUUACCAUGUUAACAAGAGAAGCAUUUUUAUCUGAUAUGAGAUAUAUGAAGGAAAUUCCUUUCUAUGUAGAACGGUGUGUAGUUACACCAGAUAUUACUAAUGUAACGAGACAUUUAAAGGACAAAGAAAAUAAUCGUUAAAAGGACCCUCGGUUCAGUCUUAAUGUCAUUAAGAACCACACUGGUCGUCCUUCAGUGGUUUUGGGUGAAGCGGUGAAGCGAGACAGGUAUCAGUUUCUAAGUCGGAAUUGGCUGAAAUUUUUAAAGAAUUAUGUGACACAGAUAUUUAAAUCAAUAGAAAUUAUUCCGUGUCGUUGAGGUGAGGAUAAGCUUAAGGAGAGGGCGUCAGUGGGUCAAGUGAUUUGUUGUGAUUUUUUUAGUGGAAGUUUUUUUUCGAUUGGAACUUUAAUGUUCAACUUCAUUGUGUUCAGUAUUAUGUCAUGACCCCUCUCCAUGGUCACUCAGAGCGUAAUGUCCACUGCUUGUGCCGAAUUCACGCAGAAUGCUUGGAGAAAAGAACUCUGUAAAAACUGCCAAAAACCCAAAGCAGAGCACUGCAUUGUGGGAGAUUUCAGCCCAGAGUCUACAAGUUCACCUGUCCCCACAAAACGGACGUCGAUCAUCGCUGAUGAUGUCAUACACCAGGCAAAACGCAACGCUUCGUUAAUUUUGUCAGAGUUAGAGGGACGAAAUGAUGGACAAAUUGAACCACGAAAACCACGGACUUCUAGGAGUUUAUCCGUGGAAAAAGAAAAAAUUCAAAAACCGGUGAUAUCACAUCCAAAAGUGGCAGACGUUCAUGUGAAAAGCAUUCUAGUCAAAAGUGGUGAAACGCGGAAGAAAAGUCUUGAUAUAAAAUUUCUAGAGAGAGAACCUUCUGUGAUCGGUGAUGAUGGAGGAUACGACAAUCUAUUUUUAGACCAUGAGGAACCCCCUGCAGAAGAAGAUUCUGGGGAGGAUAUCUCAUUUACGGAAGAGGAACGAGAGUUUGUGCUUCAGGCUUUACAAAACACGAUCUGGAAUUCAGAUUUGAAAAAUCUUAAUGGUGUUGACCGUCAAACAAAUGAGAGGGACAAAAGUCAUGAAUUUGAGGAUGUGAAACUUACAUCCCUGUGGAAGAAAGACAGGUUCGCAACUUUACGAGACUGUGAUAAAAUAUUUUCCCAGCGAUUUGGAACAUUUCCGACAAGGAAACCUCUAAGCUCAAAGUCAAAAUUAGAGAGAAUGUUUGACCGUGAUAAUAAACUAGAAAGAUCGUCGUCAGAUUGUGACCUUCAUAAAAUCGAGGAGGAAGGGGAGGGAGCUCACUACGAGACAAAUUUCUCGCUGUUUGAAAAACGUCGUAGUCGGUCUGCCUCUGAAAUGGAAAAUGGGAACAUCGGACAGAAAACUGAGGCACAACCAUACAUGGACGUAAAUGUGGUACCACUAAGUGAAUCUGGCGAGGAAUUUAAGAAUGGAGAUGAUGAUGUGUUUGAGAUGGAUAAAUUUGAUGCUGAGAGUUUGUUUGAAAAUUUCUCGACUGAUUUUGACUUUGAUUCGUCAUCUGCUGGUAUGGCUCUGGUGGAUCAUUUAAACGCUAUCCUGGCUCGUUACAGCGACAAUGUUUCAAUCAAAGGGUUUGAAGACAAUGACUUUCUGCCUGAUUCAGCAGUCAAUGAUUCGUCGGAAAACUGCGAGAAAAUUUUAGAAAGCCUAAGAAUUCCAAAAGGGAGUAUAAAGUCGAAAGAGUUAGAGGCAAAGAUUGUGUCUCUGGCCACAGAUAUAAGAAAGAAGAAGCGCCCUGCCCCUAGGCCACCAGUGGCUCCUCCCCCUCAACCCACCACCAGAAGUAGUUCAAGUGUGAUUAGUGACCAGUCAUCAAAAAAAUCAUCACCCUCAAAUUCACAGAACUUUUUCGAACCAAAUUUUAAAAUGGUACCCAUUGGGAAAUCUAUCAUUGGCAAUAACCAUGAGAAACCCCUUUCACCCAAACGCUCAGGUGAUUUUCAUGAUGAUUUAAUUGAUAAUAAACCUAAGAGUGAUAACAACAAAGGGAAAAAAGGGAUCACUUCCUUUUUCAAAAGUUUCCUACGCAGAGGUAAAGAUUCGCCAGAGAGUUCCACGGAGCAAAUUCCCGAAGUCUCCACCCCUCAGAGAGCAAGUGCACCCAUAACCCCAGUUAUAGCCACUCCCGAAAAAGUUACAGCCACUCCCGAAAAAAGGAAAGAGUCAUCACCUGUGGAAAUAAAAGAGGAGAAAAAAUCGCCACAGGUUAAAGCCAAAGUCCUUCCCGCUGUUUCAUGUCGAAAGUCACGUACCAGUAUUAUCAUGUCUGCAUCAGAGACCUCAACCUUAUUUAAUGGACCACAAGGUAACCAACUAGAGGAGAAGGAAAAUACUGAAAGCGAAAGUAUGACCAGCAGUGUUAUUGUAGAUGAAAGUGAAACUAAAGGUGAAGGGAAGUCCAUUGAAUGUGCUCCAGUUGUGAAACCAAGUGUUCCCACACGACCCAAACCACCACCAAACCCAAAACGACCCACAGUUUCACCCCAGCAUGAAGCCAAGGAGUCCCGGUCACACUCAACAGACGGACCGGAAAGAAGGGGAUCGGAGACGGACAGCAGGACAGGAAGUUUGGAAAGGUCAGAUAAAGGAAGUCUGGAAAGGGAGAUAGCUAGAACUCUGUCUAAAGAAGACAGCCCUAAGAGAGACUUGGACGGUCAGCAGGUGGUCAGACGAAGAGCCAAGAGUCCGAAGCGAGUCUCCGCACCGCUGAAACCGUCCUCUUCUGCAAAAAGCUUAGAUAGCAAAAAUGUCAUGUUUACCAAAGAACUGGAAAUGAGACUUAGUAAGACCUUGGAUUCCAAGGUCAGUGCCAGUCCUGCUGGUCAGAAACCGAGUGCAGAUGCCAAGAAGUUGGCCCCACAACCUCCUGUCGCAAGUGUUAAAGCAGAAACCCUACCAGCUCAGACAACUGGGCGGGGGAACCAGACAACUGUUAAACAAGAGGCUUCACCAGCUCAGACAACAGGGCAGGUGAACCAGUCAACAGAAUUAAAAGAGGAGAAGAAGGAGGAAGCAGACCUAGCUCCCGCAGAGAAAAUUGAAUUACCCAGGGCAGCCAGUCGCAAGAGUUUUCUGGGAAAACUGGGGAACAAAAAAUCCAGAGCCCCUCCCCGGCCGCCAAGCUCUUCUGUAAAACGGACCAAAUCAAUCACCGAGAAUGGCGGGGAGCUACAGGUCAAGAAAAUCGACCCCUCUGAUAUAUCGGGACCAGUGCUGAUAACUUCAAUGACAGGGGGAUCGUCGCUAAAUCGCAGGAACACCAUCGCUAUUGGGGAUGACCCCUCCAUGGUAUCCGGAGAAUCUACUUCUUCAGGAUCGACAGCAGAAAAGUAUGAUGAGUGGCCCGAGUUAUCUCCACUUGGUUCACUUGAAAAUGUUUAUGAACCAAUCAUCCCAAAGGAACCUCCUCCCCCACCCCCCUCAGGACCUCAGGGUGAGGGCGACCAGACAGCACCGCACAGCACAACGCUGUCUGUUCCUAAAUCACCCAGCGAGGGAUACCUGGAACCAGUCUCGAAGCGGUCAGUAGUGACCACAGCAACCAGUGACCAGAAACCUGAGGAGGCUCCCCAAGUUUCCAUGGAGACGACAGAAGGGGAGGAAGUCGGUGUUAAUAGUGUACAGACAAAUCCACCGAAAACAGAGAUUUCUGAUGAGAGAGAGAGGAUUUUGGCCUCCCAGCCUAUUUAUGAGGAAAUUAAUGGGUAUGGAAAAGAACCUCCUAAACAGGUUCAUAACAUUAUGGAUAUGCAAAGAUCAGUGACAGAUACCCUGUCCAAAGAUAUGCACAGGUCCAUGAAUGAGAGCUUGACUAUCGAUAUGAACGAGUCUAUGAUUUCAAUGGACUUUCCACCGGCUUCACCGUCCCAGAUGGGAAUGUCGUCUGGUUCUGAACCAUCAUCACAGUGCAGCACUCUUAGUCGACCCAAACCGUUACCUCGGAAACGAUCCAAACGAGAGAGCAAUUCUUUUGAGCAGCCUUACAUUGCCAUGAAUCGACCGAGCAUUACGUCAGCUCUCAAUGAGAACCAGCUUAGAGACAUGCUGAACCAGCUAACUUCCAUGAACCUUCAGACCCUGCGGGACAUUUAUACUCAAUACGAACGGAUCUUUGUCAAGGAGCCCGUGUCGCUGGGAGUUCCCACUGCGGGUCCGCUGAAGUGGACAGAUUUCGAUAUCUACGGGAAACCUGUUCACUCGUCGGAGCGCUGUGUUGUGUACAAUGCCAAGCUGAGACUAAGCACUACAAACUGUCAACUCAUGCUCCAGCACACCAAGCCUGAUCUGAUGUCUUCCCAUCAUGCAACACUGCUGAAACCCACCGUAAUUUUCUCCGAUUCGGUACCUUACUCCUAUCUCACGGAGGACUUCAUCAAAACCAACCAGCUUCUUCUCAAUCUCCAUACCAACCAAUCAAAUUCUGCCAAGUGUUUUGUGGCGGUUGGACAAUUUGACAUCUCUGACAGUCUUUCCAAUCACAUGACCUCUAUUCGUCAUGGGAACAGUCAGGUGAUGCUAACUGUAGAGGACAUGAUGGAAAACGUUCUGUUUUUUAUGUUGCAGAUUCUCAGUGCCAUCUCUCAUUGUCUUGACCAAGGAUUCAGUCUCGGGGAUGCUAACUUCCGAGAUGUGUUUAUGGUUUCCAAUAGCAACUGUUCUCAUGGUAACAUUGUGGCAUUCCUUCCCCAUCAGCGGUCACAUGAUGGCUCCCAUGUGGAUACGGUGUUCGGUUUCCUGGAUAAAUAUCUCAUGGAAAACAUGGCCAGUCUAAGUGAAUAUGAAUUUGGAAAAUUUGUCGGGGGUGUGCUCAGAGUGCAAAAAAUGUUACAGAGUCGUAAGAUAGAGAUUUUAUCGUUGAUUCGCAGUUACGUGGAGUUUUUAUUGUGGGGACCGAGUGAAACGUCCUGGCAGGGCGGACUAGAGAGGACCAGUAGCCUGGAACCUAAACUGUCCAUGUGGCUAGAGAAAGAACGUGCAGGGAUGGUGCAUGGGUUUGCCCUGGUGUCCUCCGCGGAGACGAGGAAGUACUCCAUUAAAGAAUUCUACAGGAUGAAGUUUCUACUGAAGUCUAGUGCUGUUAGUCUGUCUGAGUGUGUCAGGACACACAUGUCAUUCUGAUAUCACACACACACACACACACCUUAAUGGUAUAACACAAGUUUCUACUGAAGUCUAGUGCUGUUAGUCAUUGUGAUAUCACACACACACCUUAUUUCUUAUCUCUGAUUUAGGACAAGUCUGGUGUAACAUGUGAAAAUGUCCUAAAUUUUGUAUGAUCAUGAUGAUUUUAAAACAGUGCCGUUAGUGUAUACAUGUAUUUGCAAUUGCAUGCAAAGGAAAAAGUCAUUGAAUACAUGAAUUUCUCAUUAACUCUUUUGACACAAUUAUGACAAUUUGAGAAAAUUGCCCGAUCAGUUCGUAAAGCUAUACACUUGUACUGGCGAUCUACUGCAAUCACUAUAAAAUCACUACUUGUAUAAAAUCACUUUAUAAUCACUAUAAAAUCACUAUGAAAUUAUGAUAACAGCAAUACACCUUUAGUGAUUUAGUGGUCUUGUUCAAUGUUUCACAAGAUGUACUUGUGUCAUAUACAGAUAUAAUUCUAAAAGUCAACAUUGAUGCAUUGAACGAAAUCUCAGAAAAGACUUGAUAUCUUGGAUCCACCACUGUGUGUUAAUUAGACUUGAUAUCUUGGAUCCACUACUGUGUGUUAAUUAGACUUGAUAUCUUGGAUCCACCACUGUGUAUAUUAAUUGUAUCAAUGUUCAGUAGACUUUGAUAGUUGAUAGUGCUAUACAUUUCAAAAAAAUUUAUUCUAUUCACCUCUCCCUCCAUUGAUCAGGUCUGAGAGAGGGAAACCCAAAAUCUGAUUUUGAUUUUUAAAAAAAAUAGGUGUCUCAAUCAUUCUUUGUUCCCUGUGUGUAAGGUGUAUACAACAGGUCUUUGAAGUUUAUUUUCUCUUACAAAGUAAUUUUAUCUACAAACUGUCUCUAGAUCUACUGUUGAUGCAUUAUAAAAUGGAAUCUCCAUAUUAUAUAUUUCUUUUCGCCUUUUUUCCCCAGUAUUAAGGAACUUGAAUUGUUUUGUUUUUUAAUAUUUGUUAAAUCCUAAAUAGAUAUUUCUGUAUAGAUAUUUUAAAUGUGUUAUUUAGAUAUUUGUCUCGGGUUGUGCUGACAUUCAUUGCUAUAUCCAUUACAGUCAUGGAUUUGAUGGAGGAGAAAGAGAGAGUUGUAGAUUCAAUGCAUUUGCUUGCAGCAGGUUGUAUGCAAUCAUUCAUGGAAUUUGUAAAAAUAGAUCUCCAUGCAGAGUAAUCGGAUAUUCCUCAAUGUAGAUAAAAAUUCUCUCAAAAUGAUUGAUGAACUUUGUAGACAUAAAAUGUUUGGUUUAAUGAUGAUGUCAAUAAUAUUGUGUUAACUGAUUUUGCUGCCUUAAAGUUAAAUGGACAGAGUUGUAAAAGAAUUUUAUAAAAUAUGUAAAUGUUGUGCUUCUGGCAGUAUUUUGUGGAGAAGAUUCAAAGAGUUAUCUCUCUUUGAUUGUUAAUGAUUUUUUAAAAACUAUUUUACUUUGGUUAAUUUAUAUAGAAUGAAAUUUAAAAUACCUGUAUGAAUGCUGCUGAUUUUAAUAACUUUUUUUUAAUUUUUGAUUUGCUUUUGUCUUUUUUAAUCCCAAAUCUAUUUGCAACUUCUGCCUAGCUUUAUGCAGGGUUAGGGUUUUAGCUGUGCAAUAUGAUACAUUAUUAAUACUACAACUGUACUGAGAAAGGGUUACACAGCUAAGUGAGAAUAGACUAAUACAUCAAAUGAAGAAAUGUUGACAUAACUCAAUCAGAUUCUUAUUACGGAGAUUACAUGUCAAAUGGGAUUAAAUAUUUAGGAGAUUUUAAGAACAUAAUUAAUGCAACGUUUCUGACAUUUUCUCAAAAAUAAUUUUUUCCUCUCCUUGAGAAAUCGGUUUAAAUUUUAUAUAGUAGUAAUAUUACCAUGCUUUGUUUAUUAGUGUGAGUAGUUCAGUCGUUAGAUCGUCUAACUAGUAAUGCAAAGGUUUCGAUCUUAAUGGAUUCGAUCUCCGACUGCUUGAAAAUGAUAUAUUAUUGACGUCACAUAUGUGCUUAAGAUGCCACGGGUUAAAUUGUUAUUUUUCAGUUUAGCCUAUUCUCAUUUUGUUGUUAUGGAGCUUGAUUUGAUUUGUUUUUAUAAUUUUUAGAUCAUAUUAAUUUAUUUUCUGUAGUUCUAGUUUUUAAUUAAAUUUUUGAACUCGACCAAAUCAAAAAAUAAAGUAUACCCCAGUCCCCUUGCCCUUGUAAUUAAAAAUAUACUGGUAUUUUAUUUUACUGUAUUAUAUUAGAUCAAAAGAUAGUUAAUGUUGUAAAUCUAAUGAUAAGCAUUAUACAUGAUGCAUGCAUAUACAAACAUUUCUCCAGUUUUAUUAAUGAGAUACCUAUAUGUAUACUAUAAUGUGUGAUUGACAUUACAUGAAUUUGCAUAAUUACUUAACACAAAUAUCCCCACCCCCUCUCUCCCUACACACAUCACACACUUUUGUAAAAGCAGUGGGGUAGUUGUCCCACUUUCACAAACUUAUAGAUCCACUUCUGUGAUUUCUGAGAGUAGUUUUCCAUUUUCAUUGUAUGUUCUCUACAAAACAGUGCAUCUUCUACAAAAAAAAAAAAAAAAAAAAAUGAGAAACACAUUUUUUAUUGCGAAAUGUGAUAGAGUAAAAAAAAAAUUCAAAUGUGGGGGGAUAGAUAGGGGAAAAUAGGAGGUAUACAUUUUUAUUCUUGAACAAUGCAAUAUGAAGAAGAGUUAUGAAGUAGUGUUAGGGGUAGGAGGGUUUAGACAAGAGUAAGGAUGGGAACCCCCACCCCUCCCUUGUAAUACAUACAAGCAGGGACCACAAUUAUGAAAUUCAUGUUGAUCAUUUUUAUAUCAAACUGGAGCUGUUGUAUUUUCUAAGCUGCUUUUUUUUAUAUGUCAGUUAUUAUUUAUCACCCAGGAUGUGUACCAUUAUCGACAAAAUCUGAAGUAUGUGCAAUAUGUCUAUGUCAUUUUUUACUGUACAAUUUUUCCUGUGCUAGUAUGUUUGGAAUACUUUCGUUUUUUUCGGUGAUUUUAUAUAUUUAAUGUCUUAUACAUAGAUAUGUAUAUACAGACAAUGCUUACAUAUAUUCGUGAAGUGUGUUUAAAAUAUUUUUUACUCAUAUCAAACAUAUGACUAACUGACGCAAUAUCAAUAUUUAUUAACUGUAUAUCUAUUGAUAAAUACACAAGUACAUUUCAUUUAGAAACUUAUUUUCAUGCAAUUAACAUCGUAUUUUUCAAAGUGAUGUUAGGAAUCAAGAAAUAUAUAUUAAUUCAAUCUAACUAUCUACGGUAUUAGAAUCUCUGGGUCUCGCUUUAAAUGAAAAAAAAAAUCAUUACAAUCCACGUACUGCUCCUUUGCAGGGCGGUCACUCUCCUCAAAGUUAUAUCGCAUAUUUGACUCAUUCCCAAUGAUUAAAAAGUGGUUCAUUUUCCCAAUUUUAUAACCAAAAUAUAUUAUACAAUAUAAACUGACAGGCACAUAUUGAAUGUUAAAAAUGAAUCGUUGUUCUAUUAUUCUUUUGUUUUAAACUUCAUUUGGAUGUGAAACUCAAUUUUUCCUAUUAAAAAAAAUGACAAUGCAUUUCCCAUUGUAAGGAGACGCAAUUCCAUACCACAAUUCACUGUGACGUCCCUGCAGAACCAGAAAGUACCGUGACGGCCCUGUUUUGCAGGGGUUCGAUAGAUAUGUCCAGGCAGAUACUCUUUUGUAAUGAAGUAUUCUUGAAUUUCAAUUGGUGAGCUGUCUGCUUGGCUUUCAGAAGAUGAUAACCGUUUCAUUCUGACACUGGUAGUACAAUGUAAUCGUGACAGAUCCACUGACCAUGUUAUGAGAGAGAUACAUCAUGCCUCUGUUGUAAGCGGACACCAAUCAUUUGGAGGAAUUUAUGUCAUUGUGUAUAUUUUGUAUCUAUCGAUGUUGUGUUGAAGAGUUACUGUUGGCUGAUUUUAUCAAUUUCAUUCUAACAUUUGAUGUAGCUUUCCCUGCCAACACAAACUUACCCAUAAAGGUAGUCAUGGUGAAUGUAAUUGAAAAUGUCUGUACCUCUCCUCUCGGGUGUCAAUUCGGUGAGAGUAACUAUUGGCUUGCUAUAUUUUUGUUGCGACUCCAUCCAUUUAUUAUUAUUUUAUUUACGCCAGUAUUGAGGUUGCUAUGGUAACUGUGAUUGAUUUGUAUGAUAUAUACAUCAAGUUUAUAUAUAGAAUGAGUGGAAGUUUUAUUGUCUGUGAAACAGAAUGCAAUAAAUGGAUAAUAUUAAAACAAAAA